AUGCAAACGAGCCGCGCUCCGGCCAUCAGCGUGAACGCGGAGAGCUGCAUCCCGGCUGGACUGCGCCUGGGGCCCGUGCCGGGCAUCUUCAAACUGGGCAAGUACCUGUCAGACCGCAGGGAGCCAGGACCCAAAAAAAAGGUGCGGAUGGUGAGAGGGGAGCUGGUAGACGAGGCCGGCAGCUCAGCCCUGGAGUGGAUAGGUUUGAUCCGCGCCGCCCGCGACUCCCGGGAGCAGACGCUGGAGGCCGUGGCGGAGCUGCCCGGCGGACAGAUCUUCUACCGGGCGCUGCGGGACGUGCAGCCGGGAGAGGAGCUCACCGUGUGGUACUCGAACCCGCUCGCGCAGUGGUUUGACAUCCCCAUCACGGCCACGCCGACGCACGACGAGAAAGCGCGGGCAGCUCACGAGAAGGAGGCGAUUAGAGGGUUGGUGGGCGCCGUUUCGGUGCCGCCCGGCUCCUCCGGCCGCCGCGAGCUGCGGAGCCCCGCGCAGGGCCGCGCGGCGGGGCCGCCCCGUCGGGGAGCACGAAGCUCCAGGCGCUUCUUGCGCCUUCCCCACGCGCGGGGCGCGCAGCCCGGCCUCGGCAGAGGAGAAAGGGCGAGAUGUGGCCGCGGGAAGGACGCAGAGGUGACGGGCUCCGGCCGCUCUCUCCCGCGGACUCCGCUGCCCGCCGGCGGCCUCGACCGCUUCGCGCUGCCGCCCUUCGAGGGCCUCAAGGCGUACGCGGGCGAGUGCGGCCUGCCCGUGAUGCCGCUCACCGUGUACGGCGGCGAGCUGCUCUACAGCGCGGCGCCCUACUACCCGCUCAAGCUGCACCUGGGCGGCCUCCUCAAGUACCCCGAGGCCGUGUCGUACGUGGGCGCGCCCGCGGCGGCGCUGCCCGGCGGCGAGCUGGGCUCGCUCGCCACCAUCGACCGCGAGAUCGCCAUGCACACGCAGCAGCUCUCCGAGCUGGCGGCCGAGAAGGGCCGCGCGCGGCUCGAGGCGCUGCCGCCGGGCGCGGCGGGCGGCAAGGCCAAGAGCGGCCACCUCUGCCUCUACUGCGGCAAGCUCUACUCGCGCAAGUACGGCCUCAAGAUCCACAUGCGGACUCACACGGGCUACAAGCCGCUCAAGUGCAAGGUGUGCCUGCGGCCCUUCGGCGACCCCAGCAACCUCAACAAGCACAUCCGCCUGCACGCCGAGGGCAACACGCCGUACCGCUGCGAGCACUGCGGCAAGGUGCUCGUGCGGCGCCGCGACCUCGAGCGCCACGUCAAGUCGCGGCACCCGGGCCAGGGCCUGGGCAAGGCGGCGCACGACGCCAGUGACUCUGCGUACGCGCACGCCGAGCCCGAGCCAAAGACUGACAACGAGAGCGACGUGGACGUCUGCUUCACGGACGACCAGAGCGACGCCGAGACGGGCGGCCGGAGCCGCGAGCAGUAA